GAUUUACCUACACCUUCCAGGACAUUUAUAGACCAGCUUUGGAACUGUUGUGUUUGUUGCUUUGACCACACAUUGCAUUUCUCAGCAAAUGUUGGCAAUGACUUCUACGACCACUGACGUCAAGAAAGUGCUUUUCUACAUCGUUUUUGCUGCUUGUGUACUGAUAACUAUGCCGCUGUUUUUAUACUCCAUUGGCAAUCAGUCAUCCACAGUCUGUCCAAAUUAUUUCACAAAGGUACCUAAUGUGACUGUGGCAAAGCCAGAGAAACCCAUUCUUUUGAUCUGGUUGUGGCCGCAGGGUGUCAAAUUUGACUUCAAAGACUGCAAAACCUAUUUCAACAUAGACAGCUGCGUUCUCACAGAUGAUCGCUCCCUGUACCGUGCUGCAGAUGGAGUUGUCUUCUAUCAUAAGACCAUCGCAUGGGAUCUCAACAAUCUUCCUAAGGAUCCACGACCAGCAUUCCAAAAGUGGAUCUGGUACAAUGUUGAAUCUCCAACCAACACUGCCAGAAAAGCUGGAUUGGAUGGAUUGUUCAAUCUCACUUUGACCUACAGACGAGAUUUAGACAUUACUACUCGCUAUGAACUGAGCAUUGUGAGAAGUCAGGAACAAUUUGUGCUUCCACAGAAAAAACAAAUUGUUUGCUGGAUUGCAAGCAAUAACAUUCCAGGGACCGGUGCAUCAACCCGACUGAACUAUUACCAUGAACUAAAGAAGCAUAUUGAUGUGAAAGUAUAUGGUCAAGCUGUCUCAGGGGCAACUUUUCUAAGGUAUGAAGACUAUUACUCUACCAUUGCUAGCUGCAAAUUUUACCUGGCCUUUGAGAACUCUAUUCAUGAGGACUACAUCACAGAAAAGUUAAAUGGACCAAUGGUCAGUGGGACUGUGCCAGUAGUUUUAGGUGCGUCCAGGGAGAACUGUGAACAGUUUAUUCCCGCAGACUCGUUCAUCCAUGUGGAUGACUUCCCUAAUCCAAAAGCUUUGGCUGAGUACCUGCAUCAGUUGAAUCAGAACGAAGACAUGUAUAUGCGUUUCUUUGCAUGGAGGAAAUACUUCAGAGCUACACCUCAUCUUCUAACAACACACAAUGAAUUUACACAGCCCAUCUGCGCUGCCUGUGCCCAUAUUGCUGAAGACAACACCUAUAAUGUGGUCCAUGAUCUGUUCUGGUGGUUCCAUAAAAAUAUUGCUGGGCACCAGUGGAAAUGAGAUGGUAAGAUCUCUAAAAGCUCUUAGCAGAUGCAUAAAAAAACAGUUAAAGGACGAAACUUUGAUUUUUGUCUUUUAGUCUUUCAGAGUCCUCGCCAGCUUCAAUUUUACAUGACCUGAAUGUAUUUAAUGCAAAAAGUUAAGAUG